AGAAGCGUUUUUCAGAAAAUUGGUCAACAGGUAAGCAGCAAAAUAAUAGGCCAAACAAUGUAGAUUCCAGAAUCAAUCAGCUUGACGUAUCCUCCAAGGUAAGGAUGCAGUAACUUAUUUAUUAUGUACCUGUACCAGCAUGACACAGAACUUGGCAGAUUCAACUUUUGUGGAUCAUGAUCACAAUUACACAAGUAAUUUUGAGAUGCAAUCACCUGUUAAACCACUGGACCAACAGUCAUCUGACAACUAGCGAAGAAGAGGAAGGAGAAAGUGCUAAGGAUUACAAUUACCAACCAGAGAGUGAAUUUUCAUCUGAGGAUAGUGAUGAGGAGUAUAUUCAAAAUAAGCCGACUAACAACAUUGCAAAAGAUAAGGUCAUUGUAUUCGAAUCCAGCCUCGAUAACCUCCUUAUGCGCACGUUAUGCGGUGAAUGCCAGUGCUGUGUAGAUUCUAUGCAUAAAUUCAUUCAAGGAACUGCAUUAAAAGUAAAGCUUCAGUGUAUCAAUGGACAUGAAUGGACAUGGAGCUCACAGCCAAUGAUAGGAAGCAUGACUGCUGGUAAUCUGCUGUCUGCAGCAUCAAUACUCCUUAGUGGAGACACAUUAACAGCAAUUCACAACCUUUGUAGGACUUUGAACUUGCAAAUGAUUGGAAGGUCACCUUCCAUCAACUGCAAAAUCGUUACUUGUUUCCUGUAAUCGACAGUCAUUGGGUUGACAUGAAGAAGGCAAUACUAACAGAAUGCCAGGAUAAAACCCUGAAAUUAUCAUGUGAUGCGCAUUGUGACUCUCCUGGGUUUUGUGCCAAAUAUGGAAUAUACACAUUAAUGGAGCAGGAGACCGGCAUAAUUCUAGAUUUUGAACUUGUACAAACAACAGAAGUUAAAAACUCAGUAGCUAUGGAAAAGGAGGGUUUUGUUCAUGUCUUAAAACGUCUUCUGCAACAUGGGCUAAUGUCUGGCAUGUGGGCAAAAAUCUGAGAAAAAUAAUAGCUGAGAAAGCCAAACGCAAAUCAUCAGAAGAGUUACAUGGUUGGAUACCUUGUGUGGUAAACCAUCUUUAGUACUGUUCGAAAACCUGCACUGGAAGUGCAAUUAUAUUGAGAGAAAGGUGGCAGUCACUUUUAAAUCAUGUUGUUAACGUUCAUGAAUGGGAGGAAGAUGGUGAAGUCAAAACAUGUGGACAUUCUUCUUACUCACCAGAAGAAGCAGAAAGGAAAAAGUGGCUUAGUCCAAAUUCAAGGGCCUCCAUGACU